UGUGAGCGUAAGUGUUGCGGAUUGUUUAUAUCGUGGGCAGCAAUAAUACAUUUUUCUAUUGCGCCGCAGUUCGCAGCUAUGUUCCGCACGGCGAGUUCGAAAGCCGUUCCCGUGCUAUUCGGCGCGGUGGCUGUCGGCGCUAGCAGCGGUGCGGACCAGCCAAAACCCAAAGAAGAACCGAACAAAAUGGUCUGCAGACCUUCCGAGCUGCCGCUUUAUCGGCCGCUGAACCAGAAGAUUGCCUGCGAGUGCCAUCAGCGAAAAAACGAAACCGAAUCCACGGGCAUAAUCGAGGAAGGCUUCAGAACAGUGCGAUUGCAGGUGCAGGAGGCAUCCAAACUGCUGGGCGAUCAAAAAAAGCAGCUAGUCGAUCUCUUUGAGGAAGGAAAGAAACAAACGAAGUUUGUCCACGACUAUUUGCACCAGGAAGACAACACGAUGCCACGCGUCGGUGCUAUCGCUAUUGGCGGUUUGGCCGGUUUAAUCUUUGGUCUGCGUGGUGGAUUCUUUAAACGUGUAAUCUACACCUCGAUCGGUGCGGGUGGAGUAGCUUCAAUUUGCUACCCGCAGGAAGCGGAAAUGUACGCCCAGCAUGGGCUGGUGGAAGCCAAAAAGUAUGCUACGAUCGGAUACAACUUUGUGUACGGCGUGAAGCCGGGUGAUAAGCAGUUGGAACUGCCCACCAUCCCGUCCAAUCUGGACGAGCUGAAGGAUAGCAUGACCGGACUUGCAAAAUCCGCAUACGAUGCAGUAUUUCCAGAGAAGAAGUGAGGCGAACAGUGAACCCUGUGUGACCGUUUUCCUUCCCUUGUGAUGCGUGAUACUGUUUCGUAAUGAACCACCGUGUCGUGCUCGUUACUGUGAAAAAAUAAAACGUUAGAAUCUAGAAGAAAUCGUACCUUCAUAGGGCUG